AUGGCUGGGCUGAACAGUACAGUACCCAUUGUGUCAGAACGUUCCCAGAUGGGACGGCUGUGCAUCCUCUCGAGGAAACCUAAAGCAGAACUGAGAACAUUGGGCAGCGGCUUUGGUUUGGCGUGUGAGAGGUUGAUGGUGCAGAUGCCCAUUGACAGCUUGGCCAGUCAAAGGGUUUUCCUUGCGGGUUCUUCUCCAUAUGACAGCGGAUGGUUGACCUUCAAUGGUGUCACCUGUGAUUUGGAAGACUCCGAAUCAGUUCAUCCAUUCGGAAGUUUGGAGUUGCACCAGCGAGAGCGGAAACAGAAGAGGUGUUUGUUGGGUAAAGCACAAAGAGCACCACAGGCCCAUAUGAUGACUAAUGUCGUUUGGGCCAUAGAGUUCUUACCUGUUGAUAUCGAUGUUGCGCAACUGCCAGCUACAACCCCGCCUUUCCAUGAACGUUGA